CAUCCACAGCCACUCGUCUUCUCUCUUCUCAGUUCUCACUUCUUCGCUUUCUCCCUCCCUCCAAUGGCGAAAUCUUCUAGCGUUCUUCAGUCAACUCUCCUCCCAGCUUUCUCUCCACUCCACAAGCUCCGUAACCAAAAUUUCACCCUCUCUCUCCCACCGCUUCCGGUGUCCCGAUGCCGGCCGGGAAUCUACUGCUCAGUCUCGGCCGGUGAGACCACGAGGCGAUCCGUGGAGGAAGCUCCCGAUAUAUCAUGGGGCUGCGAGAUAGAUUCAGUUGAGAACGCAACUUCUCUUCAGAAAUGGCUCUCCGAUUCAGGCCUCCCGCCGCAGAAGAUGGCAAUCGACAGAGUCGACAUCGGCGAGCGAGGCCUCGUCGCCUCUCAGAACCUCAGGAAAGGAGAGAAACUUCUCUUCGUUCCUCCUUCUCUCGUCAUCAGUGCUGACUCCGAGUGGACCAAUCCAGAGGCUGGUGAAGUGAUGAAACGUUAUGAUGUCCCAGAUUGGCCUUUGCUCGCCACUUAUCUUAUAAGUGAAGCAAGUCUUCAGAAAAGUUCGAGAUGGUUUAACUAUAUCUCUGCUCUUCCGCGACAACCUUACUCACUUUUAUACUGGACUCGGACAGAACUUGAUAUGUACUUGGAAGCUUCGCAGAUUCGAGAACGGGCCAUUGAAAGGAUCACCAAUGUUGUUGGAACUUAUGAAGAUUUAAGAAGCAGGAUAUUUUCCAAACACCCUAAUCUUUUCCCAAAAGAGGUUUUCAAUGAUGAGACAUUUAAGUGGUCUUUCGGAAUCCUUUUCUCACGGUUGGUACGGUUGCCGUCUAUGGAUGGAAGAUUUGCCUUAGUUCCAUGGGCAGAUAUGCUUAAUCAUAAUUGUGAGGUUGAGACGUACUUGGAUUAUGAUACGUCUUCAAAAGGAGUUGUCUUUACAGCAGAUCGACCAUAUCAACCAGGUGAGCAGGUUUUCAUAUCGUAUGGGAAUAAAUCCAACGGAGAGCUAUUGCUGUCUUAUGGGUUUGUUCCCAGAGAAGGAACCAAUCCUAGUGAUUCAGUAGAGCUAGCAAUGUCACUCAGGAAAAACGACAAGUGUUACAAGGAAAAGCUGGAUGCAUUAAAGAAACACGGAUUAUCCACGCCUCAAUGCUUCCCCGUAAGGAUAACGGGUUGGCCAUUGGAGCUAAUGGCCUAUGCUUACCUAGUGGUGAGCCCUCCAGAUAUGAGAAACAGCUUUGAAGAGAUGGCGAAAGCUGCUUCAAAUAAGUCAUCAACAACUAAGGUUCUAAAAUAUCCCGAGAUCGAGGAAGAAGCACUACAGUUCAUACUGGACUCAUGCGAAACAAGCAUCUCAAAGUACAGCCGAUUCUUAAAGGAAAGUGGAUCAAUGGAUUUGGACAUAACGUCUCCAAAACAAUUGAAUCGUAAAGCGUUUCUGAAACAGCUGGCUGUAGACUUGUCCACCAGUGAGCGUAGGAUACUGUACCGUGCUCAAUACAUCCUGAGGAGGAGACUACGAGAUAUAAGAAGCGGUGAGCUGAAAGCUCUACGGCUCUUCAGUGGAAUUAGGAACUUCUUCAAGAACUGAGUGUUAAAUGAGGAAACGUCAACAGCUUUCAGAUAGGCUUCAUUGUGCUUCAACCCGGAAUGUAAUUUUUCAGUACAAAAAAGUGAGGCCCAUCCCUCCUUUAAAGCAUGUAAAGCAUUGCUUUUAGGCCACAUUAUAUGAAAAAAGAGGCCACAAUUUCAAAAGGUGUUCAUAACAUAGAUGCUCAAUUAUGAAAACUCUAGUUCGAAUGCGUUUGAUGCU